CAUCAAGAAUCUGCAGCCAGUCUCCAAGGAGCAGCAUUAGUGAAGGUAGCCUUGCACCAUAAAUGGGCGAGGACCUCACUGGAGCUCAAUGAGGAGGAUCCAUUAGAGGUCCCUGUAAACAAGAGAGACGGGGUCAAUAGUCCACAAAGUGUCAGCGAUUACUUAAAAGCCAAAUCCUCCAAUAGCAUUGAAGACGAGGUAGAAGUAGAAGUCACUCCUAUGUCCCAGGAGUUGGCGCAAGACUUCAAUUGUCACGCGGGCUCUCCGUGCAUGCUGCUUGAGCAGAGUCCUAAGGUUGAGCAGUAUAGAACUUCCAAAUGUGAAGCAACAGAACAGAGGUAGGAUUCAAGAAGUGGAAACAAGAGGUCACCCAAGAAGAAGGGUAGAAAAAUUCCUGAGAACUCCACUAUUUGGCAGCUUCAGUCCAUGCUAUUCUAAAGGCUGUUCCGAUCUUAAUGUACUGCACACCAUGUUUUCUCUCCAUGUUUUUUUCUCAAUGUUUGAAUGUUUUUUAUUUUAAUCUUUGAUAUUUUUAUGAUUUUUCUUUCUCUUUGGUGUUUUAAUGGGUUUUUUUCUUCGGUGUUUAUUUUUUUUUUUAUCCAAAUUCAAUAUUUUCUGUAAACGGUUAAAUACUUUUAUUGUAGAUAAGUUUAAAUGAAUGUAUGGUAUUAUUAAAAUUAUUGC